AUGCCUACCUGUCAUGCCAGACGCCUUCAGAUGCUUCGAGGAUUCCUGAAGAAAGGAGUUAUUCUGUCUGAUAAGCUGCAGGUGGCUGAAAGUUUGUUUCUGGUGAAGCAGGUUCCCAGCUGGCGAAGUGUGUGUGUCCUCUGUUCCCUGUACUGUGUCCUGAUCCUGCCAGACGCUGGUGAGGCUGCCAAAGCACGCUGCGGACGAGAGCUAGUCGCUGACCUGGAGUUUGUGUGUGGAGACCGUGGCUUUUACAGAGGCAAACCUGGAGCAGCCCGUAGCGGCGGCCCCCGCUCUCGUGGGAAAGGGAUCGUAGAGCAGUGUUGUGUCCGUGGAUGUGACCUCCAGCAUUUGGAGUCGUACUGUGCCAAACCCAAGAGGGUACGCCGUGAAGUCCCUGCAUCUCUGCAGCAGACUCUGGAAGAUCAGUUUUGGCUGGUGUUUCAGCAGCGAUACCAGAAGCGUGCAGAGAUGAACAGAGAUGAGGAAGCCGCUUCGCAAAGACUCAGAGAGCGAAUGCUUUACCGCUGGAACUCCAGAGAUUCAGUUUUAGUAACCGACCGACCCUCCUCAACACUACAGCAACCUUCGGCUGAGAGAACUGCAUCACGACCAACAUUUCUCCCCCACAUCAGAUAGUCCUGGCUCUUUUUGGAUCUUUGUGGACUUUAUGAAUCACCUUCCUUCACUUAAAAAAAAAAGACUUUGUCGUCCUGGCAGAUGUAUAAACUGAGCAGUAUGUAAAAGAAACUAGAGGACAAGAUGUUAAAGCCUCUCGUGCCAUAAAAAAUGAAGAGCUGUCACAGGCUGUACUGGUUUCGUUAAGCAUAUGCUGAAUGCAAGAUGAAUUGUGUUUUUCCAUUCAGUUUUGUUUUCAGCUUCUCUCUGUCUCUGGGUAAAUGAGUUCAAAGCAAAAUGAAGUUGAAUGUGUUUGUAUGAUAGCUGAGGUAAGUCAUUUUGAAUGUAAAUGUGACGUUUCUUAAUGUUAGCGGAUAUAUUUUCUUAUGUGUAAUUUAUAUUCUAUAAGAUUAGAGUUUUCUGGUACUUGUAAAAUAUGUAUCUAAAGGAGAUUUGUAAAGAAUUUUAAAUAAAAGAAA